AAGGUAAUGCUGUCCCCACUGAUUAAUUGAAUUUUUGUUAUUGAAAAUGGUGUGAAAUGUUUCUUUGAUUGUAGAAUAAAAAGAAGAAUUAAGAAAUUUUGAUGUCGACGUAUGCAAGUAAAUGGAAUUUUGUCGUAAUUUAAUUUUGAUGAUUUAUUGCAGUUUCUUAGAAAAUGGAAUGGAAAUAGAUGCCAUGCUGCGGAGUUGAAUAAUAAAUGAUAAAGCAUUUUAAAAUCAGGUACUUAUGAUUUUCUCGACAACUGAUCAUCAGAAUUAAGUAUACAGAUUAAUAUUACACAGAUUUUAUGUUUAAUAAUCCUUAGUUGCAUAAAUUAUUUGAUGUUAUGUAGACAAAAUUUAAAAUUGAAUUGAGAUUUAUUAAAGUAAUAAUUUAUUUACAGUCGAUAACAUAGACAAAUUCAACAGUUGGAUAAGGUAAGAGUGCCUACAGUUGGUAAAUACUCUAUUCUACAUAUAUCAUAACGAGAUGGCGUACGUUGGUCAAAAUUCUGAUAUUGUCAGUGCUCGGUGCCAGGCAAUACGACAUCUCGUGAUUCUCUAUCGUUGUAGCAUAACGCUGUUUGUUUCCAUGAGUCGCGUUACGAUCGUGGGAGAUUGAUGUUCGCUCAGUAUCCACGUUUUUCAAAGCUGUUCAGUGUUCCGUAGCAAAAUGUAUUCAAUGUGCGGUGUAGUGUUUCUCGUAUACCCUUCGAAUAAAUCAAAGACAGUGUCCCGUCUAACCAUGAUCGUGUUAUAAUUUACAUAGGAGAUCUAUGACCGCUGGAUUACUACUCGCAGCUAUGUUCAACCUCUACACGCGAUAAGCCCGCGUGGCACAAAUUAUUGUUCCUUAUUUUCAACUUUUUCAACUUGUGAUACUAAUUACAAAUAACGACAAUAACGUUUUAAAGAUUCAUUGGUGAACCUGAUACGACUUCGAAUUCAUGUUCCAAAGAUAGUGUAGAAAAGAAUGGCUCGCCACGGCAUCGAAAGGUCCUUGCAUUCGCCUCAAUCGAUGCACCCAGACACCUCGAGCCCCAACGCAACUGCCAUCACGGAAUUGGUACCUUUGGAAUCAGCAACAUGUACUGACAAGGUCAAUGCCAACAGUACAGGAAGUGCAUCUGGUACCGUACCGUCACCCUCGAUAUCCUCUUCCUGCGACUCCCGUAUUCCACGUCCCUCGCUCUCGGGUCUGCGCCGCUCGGCCAGUAUGCGCAUGCGCGGUGAACGAAUUUCACCUAACCAACCACCACCACCACCACCCAGUACCGCGGCGAACGCGGCCCUGAAUAGACGUUGUCAGUGUUCUCGUCGAUCUAACCUUCUGCAACACCAUCAUCUGGACCAUCAAAUUUUUCCAGUCAUCACGGAGAAUGGAAGUGAUUCACCUCGACAACGAUCUCUCAGUCUUUCAUUGACACCGGCGAGGCCGCGAUCUGGAUACGCGGCCUCUGGAGGAUCUAGUACCGGAAUUGCCGAUGACAGUGACGCAGAAAGUGUAAAAAGUUAUGGAAGUGCCUGCAGCACCGCAAGCGCCUGUGAUCAUGCUACCUUCGCUCUCAAUGGUACUACAUGGUCAGGUAGAUCAAGAAAAUACGUUGUUCAUUGUUCAAACCAUAGCGGUGACAAUGAACAAUAUCUCACGCCAACGCAGAGGGCUGCUAGACAAGUUAGAAAAUUCCAGGCUUUACUGAAAGAAGCCAAAAAAGAAAUAGAAGAAAAAGAUCAGGAAAUCUUUCGUUUAACGAAAGAAGUGGUGGAGUUAAGAUUAUAUAAGGCGGCUUUGAACAGUCCAGACGAGAGGACGGACAGCAGUGAUGCGCUUACCGUACGAGAAAAUAACCCUUUCUCACCAGAAUCACCGAGUAAAGAUUUACCAGAUGAAAGUGUAUUGCAGAAAAUUACUAGUCCAACCACACCCGAAAAACGCGUUCAUUCUGAUUUACCCUCCUCUCUGGCGGACUCUGGCCACUUUGAAGAUGGAUCCGUCCAUUCGAAAGAUUCUGUGUUUCUACCGGAAGCGCAACAAGAGACGCAUGCUGCUACGACGACUAAGGUUCAAGAUGAGAGCGCGUCAGAACCAUUUAGGUCGGCUACAGAGACUCCGGAAAGAGAUGAGGAGAGACGUAAAUUGGUUAAUUUGUAUGAAAGUAGGAUUGAAGAGAUGCACAGAAGACACGUUGAUGAGCUGCAGGAACUGAAGCAGAAACAUAAUGAUAAGGUUGAAAGUUUACUGAAUCAAUUGGCUGAAAUAAAUACCCGUUACUGUGAAGUGAGACCUUCUGUCGACACUGCAGAGGCUCGAGCACGUGAAUUAGAGGCGGAAUUAGAGGCUGUGAAAGCGGAACUCGCUGAACAAAAGACUUUGUUAAAUGAACAAGAAGAGAGAAAUAAACAAAUGUACCUGAAAAUGUAUGCCAAAGGUCAGGAGGCUGCGCGUAUAGAACAAGCUGAUCAGAUACUAGAGCAUGCUUAUCAAACACCACCAAAGGUUACCGUCGCAGAACUACUUCAACAAUUAACGAUUACACAGGCAGAAUUAGAAAAUAUCAAGGACACAAGCUACUCGCCUGAACCUCACAUUUCAGCCGAUCGUAGCCACAGUUUAUUAAGUGCUCAGGAGGCUGUUUCUCUCUGGCUCCUUGGCACACGUAAGGCAAUGUAUCGUCGUAUCGUAGAAGCAAGGAGUAAUCAAGGUGCCCUUGAUCCAGAGAUAACAUUACAGUUCCUAAAAUCAGCUAUCUAUUAUUUUCUAACUGACAAAGAAAAUCAUCACGGUCAUCUUAACGCUAUCGAAAGCAUCCUGGGAUUCAGUGAAGCUGAAAAGCACAAUAUUGAUAAAAUUUACAGAUCAUCGAGAAAGUAACGCAUUAUAAAGUUUUUUAAUUAAUUUCAGUACACAGAUGAACUAACAGCAGAAGCAGUUUAUGAAUCAUGUUUUAAUCAAAUUUAACAUAUAAACUGAGAUUUGUAUGUUUAAUUAAUUUAACAAAGUAUACCUUUUUCAUAUAUUAGCAAUUAAAUAAGUUAAUUACGAUUGAAAGGCUGACAUCUUCCAAAAUUAUAAUACAAAUACUUUUUAAUUUACAGUUGCACGUUAAAAAUAAAAAUUAUAGAAAAGAGAAAGAUUUAAAAGCAUGCAAGGAUAAAAAUUAAUUAAAUAUCUUCUAUAUCUGUUGGUGCACUUUCGACAUAAACUGCAUAUAAAACACAAAAUUCAUUACGAAUGUAUUGAAAUAUGUAAUGUGUCUAGACUAGCGCAUUAUAUUUAAAAAAUGUUACAGCAUUUUAUAUUGUUUUUAUUAUUUAUGAACAACAAUUUGUAGCAUUGCAGUAUUUUUAAACAUAUAUUAAGUAACAAUAUUUUAUAUAGUUUAUCUUAUUAAAUCAUGUAAUUAAGAUCUAAAUGCAGUUUCCAAAGUAUUAGAAAUGUAAUAUAAUUUUAAAUUUCAAAAAGUGUCUCGCAAAAUGUAAAAUCGCAUAGAGCCAAGCAUCAAAUUAAUUUUUUCUUAGUAAAAUUUUAUUAAAUUAUUGAAUUGUUUAAAUAAAAUCGUGAUCCGGCAUGUAUGUAUAUAUAUCAGUAAGGAUAAAAUACAGAAAAUGAUCUAAUCUUUUGCAUUGGAUUUCAAAUUGUUAGCUGACAUCAUGUAAAAUAUUGAACAGUUUUUAUACAUGCUAAUAUCAUAUAUACACAUGUGUUACAGAUUAUUAAUAUAUAGUAAAUUAUAUUGAUAUCAAAAGAAAAAAAUAUGAAAGUAUCUGAGGUAAAUGUACAUACUUUAUGUAUUCCAAUGCAAAAGACUAAUUAUAUUCACUUAUUCGUGCUAAAAAGAAAAUGUUCUGAUAAGAAGCAAAAUGUAGGUAUACAUGUGCAUAAAUUUUCAAUUUAAUUAAUCAUACGUUGCGGCACUAUUUAAAUCUUUAAAUAUGAAUUGUAUACGUAUAUCUGUUACUAAGGAAUACAUGUUAUAUAUAAAUACUAUAGUUAAUACCAGUUUCACUAUAUAACGUCCAGAUAAGGAAACAAUUUGGAGACUGAGGGAAAAUAUCUUGCCUUUUUAUCUGCCUGUUGUGUCAAGCUAAGUAUCACGAAAGAAUAUUAUAAUGUAUUUAUGAUCAUGAAAAAAGAUUUAUAGCACAUUUAUUAUAUAGCUGUUAUAACUCUAUUUCACUUAUUAAACAUAUAUAAAUAUGUUGCUUAUUUCAUGGCUGUUGAGCAAUAUUUUUCCAUUGGAAAUUAGAUGUUAAAAUCUUAACUUUAUUGGAAUUAUGUUUUCAUAAUAUAAAGAAUUUAGAUAAUUUUGUGUAUAAUCAAAGGAUCCAUAUCAACACGCAGUAAUUUAAUUGUUAAUAAUUAAUAAUGCUUGGCUAGUGGGGAUGACGAGGUCUACAUGAGUGUUUGGAAUUUUAAAACUCGCGUUUGAACUUCGAGCUUUAGGCUUCAGGUCGGAUCAGAAACACUUGGAUGAGAUUGGGGAGAGCCCGAUGAACAUAUCUUCAGAUACACGAAAGGUCAUUCGAAACCGAGCAUUCGUAUUGUAAAUAUGUACUUCCGGUCUCCCAGCCAUUUGUGUCCCAUUCCUUACGAUCUCACUUGAAGCUUAUUACCCGCACAUCCCUCUUGGCUUAAAGUUGAAGUAUCACACUCAGGGUAAUAUUCAAUUUUUAUUUUUAUGUAUGAAAACAUAACUUCCAAAUACUUUUGUUAUCUAAAACUAUAAUUCAACCAUAUUUUAUGUACACCACAAAGAACUAAUGUGAAAAUAGAAUUUAAAGAAAUAUUCUCAUCUCGAAUUAAAACAUGUAUAUAAUUGUUCCAAGUUCCUUUCAUAUAACUGAGCCUAUAGAUUUAAGUUAAUGAUUCAGUUUCUAUAUUAAUUUAUGUAAUAAGGUUGGCGUAAUAGAAACCACAUACAUGUAUUCAUAAAUGAGGGCCUUUUAUAUUUUUAUCUCUUAUACAAUUGUGUUUUUUAUAAGUAGUUCUGAUAGUUAUCUGAAAGGUGUGUAAUUAUAAAAUAUUAUACUACUUGCUUCGCAAAGAUGAAUGUGUUUAAUGCUAUAAUUAUAUAACAUCACGGUUAUGAAUAAAGUCUAUAAAAUUAGCAUAUAAAUAUUGUGUAAUUAUAGAAUUUAUUUUAUAAGUAUUUUAUGGAAAAUAUGGAAAUUUUAUGUAAAGCGCCCAGCACAGUAGGUUUUCCUAGGGAAGCUUACCAUGCUCUGUACUUAAAAAGGAACGGAAGUAUGAAGAAAAAUUUAUUGAACAAUAGUUAAUUUGUUUUGAAAAUUUUUAUGAAAGAAUUGUAAGAUACAAGAUGUGUAUAUUACUUCUUUCCGGCUAUAAUAAUACCAUCAUACUUCUGUUGGAACCAUU